AUGGAGAAAAAGCUGAGACGAGAUUUCUUCGUGGGUAGAAGAGCUAGUCCUUCUACUCCUCCACCCACGUGGCGUCUCGGGUUUUCUCCGUCGUCACCGUCGCGAGUCGGAGCUUUCUCCUCCGCCGUCGAGACGAAGGAGUUUUUGGCGAAUUCCGAUGUUUCCGUCCGUAAAUUGUGCGCCAAUUUGUGGGAAGCUGAACAAUUCCGGCAGAGAAUUGAGCCGAGACUAUCUCGACGGCGAGAUUCAGACGUUUAUUCACCUUCCGGUAGUCCGUUUCACGACCAUCAGCCAUCAAGCAGGGGAAGCUUGAGGAGGCAAAUCGCAGCAACUGAUGAUCAUAGAAAUGUCGAUUUGUUGCAACCAAUCUCUCCUGCAAGUUGCAGCAGCAGUGAGGUUAUGGUGCGUAAACCAGCGUUUAGUCAAACCGGUUCUUCGUUGGUUAAGUCAGCGAGCUAUGGUUUGGGUUCCUCUACAAAGCUUCUCAAGGUGCUAAACCGGAUAUGGAGUCUCGAAGAGCAGAACGCUGCUAACGUGUCUUUGGUUAGAGCUCUAAAGAUGGAGUUGGACGAAUGUAGAGCCGAGAUCAAGGAGGUGCAGCAACGGGAGAAGCAGAGCGAUAGGAAGAAGAAAAGGGAAGAAGAAGAAGAAGAGCUAAGAGAUGUGUUUCAAUCUAUGAAGGAAGAGUUAGAUGAUGAGAAGAGAUUUAGAAAGCAGUCAGAGAGUUUGCAUCGGAAACUAACGCGAGAGCUUUGUGAAGCAAAGCAUUGUUUAACGAAAGCUUUGAAAGAUCUUGAGAAGGAGAGAAAGGAACGCGUUGCUGUGGAGAAUCUCUGCGAUGAGUUAGGUUUCAAGGAGAAGAGAAGAUCACAUUCGAGGAAAGGAAGUGACUAUAGAGCACAACAUGAGGAUGAUUCAGCUAAUUCUAUGCAUCAAAGGGUUUGUUUGAAGGAACUCGAGAGGCGAACAAGAAGAGAUAACAAGUUGCAGCUUAUGAAGAGCUCUGUUCUUAAUCUGUCAAUGUCGUCGGAAGGAGACAAGAUUCAUCCAGAGUCUAGUCCGAAGUACGUUGAUGAUGAUCAUCAGAUUCUAAGAAAGUCUAAAACUUUUUCAAAGAUUGUUCCGAGGAAUGUGAAUGUGAGAGAGGAAAGUCGUAGUCUGAAGGAUAAGCUAAUGGAAGCACGUGUAGAGAGUCGACGUUUACGUUCUUUGAAACCAGAGUCGAGUCAGAGUCAUUUAGUUCAAGCUUGA